ACCGUGUGAGGCGAAUCCCGCGCCGGGACAGGAAACAUAGCCGUUGUCUCGGGAGGCAGCUGUGCUCUGAGAGCCCAGAGACCGUCCUCGCCCUUUCUGGCUGCCCGGCUGAAGCACCAGGGCGGGAGAAACGGGCCGGAAACUUGUGCCACAGGAGGUCGAGAGGCAAACGGAAAUGGCGCCCUGCCUCCCUCACGGGGUCUCGUGCGGCCAGGCCCCAGUGACGUGCCCAUCCUGGGACUCAGGGAAGCCUCUUCUCUAGAGUAUCUUCUAAGGAAAUGAGUAGAGCUGCGUCCAGAGGUGUCGCUCUGAGGAUGCUUUGUGAAGGAACCUUGUUUGAAACUGAGCACUGGAAGUGACCAAGAUGGCCCCCGCAGGAGGGUGGGCAAACAGGUCACAAUCAUCUCUAUGACAGAAUGUGGCAUCACCACGGCAGCGAUGUUGAAGAAGAGGAUUGACCUGGUGGGACAAGGUGUAUGAAGAACAGCCUGUACAGAACAGACGGGAACGUAUGUCACAUUGCAGAGCUGCAGGGACUGGAGAGCUGUGGACCUUCUGGAUCCCAGGGCUGUGAAGCCGGAGCCUAGCCGAGGGCAUACCAAGGACAGCGCAUUGGAAAGAAGACUGAUGUAGAAAAAUACCAGCAUGAUUCAGGCCUGGAAACCGAGGCUCGGAAGGAUUCGGUAGCCCGGCAAAGAGCACCUGGCGGGCGCACGUUAGGAGCGGAGUUCCAGCCUGUUGGUCAAGCCUGUGUCAACCCCUUCUCCACUGUCCCUGGUUUUGAGAGUCUUCGUGCCAAGUGACCAGCCUAGAGAGUCUUGCUAGCUGGUGAUGGGAAUGCACUGGCACGAGGGAGACGCGGGUACAUUCUAGGAAGCCAAGAUGACAAGAAUUUUCUUAAAUAAUCAAAGGAAGACCCCUGGUGCACCAUGAGGUGAGCGCGCUCGGGCGCCCAGAGCCCUGGAGAGCUGCGUGCGGGCUGCGGGAGCGGCCCCGCGAGCAUCUGGCCUCGCACAUCCCUGGCAUGAGGCCGGGCAGCAUGGGCGCACCGCCGCGGGACUGCUGACCCCCGCCUGCCGGGACCAUGAAGGAGGUGGCAUACUGGUCCCCCAAGAAGGUGGCAGAGUGGCUGCUGGAGCACGCAAUGCCCGAGUACUGUGAGCCCCUGGAGCACUUCACGGGCCGGGACCUGAUCGGCCUGACCCGGGAGGACUUCACGCGGCCGCCCCUGUGCCGCGUGUCGGCCGACAGUGGGCAGCGGCUCCUGGACAUGAUCGAGACCCUGAAAGUGGAGCAGCACAUGGAGGCGCACAAGAACGGCCACGCCAACGGGCACCUGGGCACAGGUGCGGCUGGCCCCGGCCCCACCGGCAGCUUCAGCCUCCAGGCCAAGCCCAAUGGGGUACCCAAUGGGUACAGGAAGGAGAUGAUCAAGAUCCCCAUGCCGGAGCCGGAGCGCUCCCAGUACCCCAUGGAGUGGGGCAAGACCUGCCUGGCCUUCCUGUAUGCACUCUCCUGCUUUGUCCUCACCACGGUGAUGAUCUCGGUCGUCCACGAGCGAGUACCUCCCAAGGAGGUGCAGCCCCCGCUACCGGACACGUUUUUUGACCAUUUUAACCGUGUGCAGUGGGCCUUUUCUAUCUGUGAGAUUAACGGCAUGAUCCUCGUAGGACUCUGGUUAAUUCAGUGGCUGCUUUUAAAAUACAAGUCUAUUAUUAGCAGAAGAUUCUUCUGCAUCGUCGGCACACUGUACCUCUAUCGGUGUAUCACGAUGUACGUCACCACACUCCCAGUGCCCGGCAUGCAUUUCAACUGCUCUCCGAAGCUUUUUGGAGACUGGGAAGCCCAGGUGCGGAGGAUAAUGAAGCUCAUUGCAGGUGGUGGCCUGUCCAUCACCGGCUCUCACCACCUGUGCGGGGACUACCUGUACAGUGGCCACACAGUCAUGCUCACGCUCACCUACCUAUUUAUCAAAGAGUACUCCCCUCGGCGGCUGUGGUGGUACCACUGGGUGUGCUGGCUCCUCAGCGUGGCGGGGGUCUUCUGCAUCCUCCUGGCACAUGACCACUACACCGUGGACGUGGUGGUGGCCUACUACGUCACCACAAGGCUCUUCUGGUGGUAUCACACCAUGGCCAAUCAGCAAGUGCUCAAAGAAGCUUCCCAGACGAACCUCCUGGCCCGGGUGUGGUGGUACAGGCCCUUCCAGUACUUCGAGAAGAACGUGCAGGGGAUCGUGCCUCGCUCCUACCACUGGCCCUUCCCCUGGCCUGCGCUCCACCUCAGCAGGCAAGUGAGGUACAGCCGCUUGGUGAGCGACACGUAGCGGCAGCACCACGUGGGGCACGAGGACGCCCUCCAAGUGCGGAGACCUCCAAGGGGAGCAGACGCUGUCAACAGACAUCUCCCGACCCUGUUACCUUUCCGCCGUUCCCUUGACUUAACCUAUUGAGUUACCUGGUCAGCACUGUGAUCUUUCUUUCUCUCCAAAGGACCUGCGUUGGACAACAAUAAAGAAAAUGUCACCUGUCACGCACUGUACACAUUUCCUGUCCAUCAGUCCGGGGUUCCGCAUAACCUGGCGUCACCACGUUCCUUUGUAUACGAUGCAACAGCAUAAAUACAAGCUUUUAUAUCAUCAGUUCUGGUCUUUCCAGUCACAUCUGGAAAAUAAAGCGUAUUAUUUUCUUGGGAAAACAUACUUUUCAUAUCUCUUGCCCCAAAGAUUGGGCUGUAAGCCAUUUUCUAGCAAAUGUCUCUAUGAAGGUUUCUAAGCACCUGACUGGGGUUCAAUUCUGAAAUCUUUCUACCUGUUGCACCGCUAUUCAAAUAAAAAAAUGACAGACACAGAAAGGUUUGGUAACUUUGGGUUUUGUAAAAAUCAGAGAGAGUGUGUCAAAAAGUGCAAAAAAAAAAAAGAUUCUGUUAUAAAGUGAUUUUCUAAGUAUUUCCUAACUUUAUUUUUCAAAAUGAUGUUAUGAAAACCAAAUUUCAAGAUUUUUACAUGUCAGAGAGAAGAGAGUUAAAAUUUAAAAAUGCUUCUUGGGAGAGAAAUUUGUCUAUGUUUCUAGUGCCUUUCUUGUCUUGAUUGUAUGGUCUGUAGGCAAUCUUAAAUGUUUUUAUUUAAAACAAAAUACUCCAUGAAAAUAUAAAUGUAUGUAUACACUACUAAAUUUUGCAUUUAUAGCUAAAUUAAAUCCGAAGACUGCUUUAUGGUUUUUAAAUCGCUGUGGAUUAACGGAUGGGGGAGUUAAUUAGAAAAUCCGAGCCCUGUUCCCAUAUUGUGAACAGGCAGCAAUGACAUGUACCACUUAAAUUAUUUUAUCGUCUAUUUGGUAGUGCGAUUUUAACUAUACAAUGAAAACAGCCAUGAACACUUUGUUUUUAAAAAGAGAGUUUUGAAAACGAUCACUUAACUAAAACUUGAAAGCUAUAAAUUAGUUAUCCAUAUUCUCAUGACAAUUUUGUUGGUGAACAACAAAAACAGAGAUCUAUUUCUUUAAAAUAUAUUUGUGCAGAAACUGCAUGUAACUGUAAGUUUUACUCCUAACAGAAGUAUGUUUGGGGAAGUAUUCUAUUCCAUACUUGCCAAUGUGGAGAACAAAAUAGUUUUUUAAGAAUGAAGAAGUAUAUACACCAUUCUGUAUUUUACGUGCAGCAGAAUUAUCUUCCGUAGGGUUUUUUUUUUUUUUUUUGGUGUAUUCACAAGGUGAUAUUUGUAUUGUAAAACAAUAAUGGUGAAGGAAAUAAAAAGGCUUUUAAAAUUUUGUUUGUUUUAAAUAUUUGUAAAGUUGUUAUUAUUCCAGAGAGUAUACUGAUAUCUUAACAGCUUACCUAGACCAUAAAUUAAUCAAAAUGCACUUUUUAAUAAAACCUGAUACUUAAAAUAUAAA